AUGUCUGCCACUGUUCAAGAAGUUGUUCAUGCGUUCUUGCGAACCUAUUACGAAAGAAUGAAAACUAAUCCUUCAAAACUAUCAAACAUGUAUGCGAGCACAGCAGAGUUGACCCAUGUGAACUAUCAACAGCUUCCUUCUGAUGACAGCGCUCUUGAUUUCUUUCUGAACGAUACAUUGCCUACUGUAAAACUUACUGGUAAGGAUAAUAUUAACAAAUUUUUUACUAGAAAUAAUAAGAGAGUAAAUGAUCUGAAAGUUAAGCUUAAUACAGUUGACUUUCAAACUACUGGUGCGUCUCAUAAAAGCAUAUUACUGGUUACCACUGGUGAACUAUUUUGGACUGAUACUCCAGUUUAUAGGUUUUGUCAGACUUUCAUCUUGGUUCCUCUAUUGAGAAAUAAUGACAUAUACGAUAUUUCGAAUGAUAUUAUCAGAUUUAUCCCCGAUUAUUUACAAGAGAUAGAAAUACAGGAGGAAAAAGAACCUGACUUUUCAGAAAAGGAGAUUUCAGUGGAAGUAGAAGAAAAGCUUCCUCCCGUCAACAGUGAAAAUGCUAUAGCACAUGAAUCAGAAUUUGAAGAAGAACCAACUGUGCCUGAAAAAGUUACUGCAAAUGAGACAAAGAAAGAACAACUGGAAACUAAAGUAGAAUCUGCACCAGAAGUGACAGAUUCAAAGAAAGUAGAAGAAAUUAGUUCAAAGAAGGAAAAGCCCGAUGACAAAGUAAAAGAAAAGAAGCAUUCUAAAUUACAUCAAGAGAAGAAACCUAAGAGUACUGAACCUAGCAAGUCUCAUAGUUCUGAAAAGCACGGGACUGAAGAAUCAUCGAAAACUAUUGAUAAAAAAGAAAAUAAGGAGAAACUAUCCAAAUCAGCAUCUUCAAACAAGUUAAAGGAAAAAUCCAAGGCUGAAGACUCAAAAAUAGUGCCUGAGGAACAAGCAAAAGAAGAUGCAACGGAAAUUAAGCACAAGAAGAAUGAUGAAAUACGAGAUGAUACCGAUGUAGCUGCAAAUGAACAAGUAGAGGUACAGAAGAAUGAAAAUUCGGAAAAUCCCAAUGAAGAAGGGUUGAAAGAAGUCAAGGAGCCUGCAAAACCAGCUCAAUUUGCUAAACUGAGCUGGGCAUCUAAGCUCACAGUUGGAGAGCCACAGAGAGAUGCCAGGAAAAUUGUUGUUACUAAGCCUACCACUGCAUCAAAUGAUACUAAUAAGAAAGAACACCAAAGGAAGAAUAGUGACAAGAAAUUCGAUAUGGGAAGUCGUAAAGAAAAUACAAGUAACAGAAAUAAAAAGAAAACUAACAAUUAUAGCGGCGUGAAUAAAGAAGGCUAUUUCCCAAUCUAUGUCAACAACACUAUAGGUUUGAAGGAAGAUGAAUUAAAAAAUACAUUGAUUAAAGAAUUUGGACCUGUGAUGAAAGUCACAAAUGGGGAUAGUUUUGCUGUAGUCGAUUUUCAAUUGCAAUCGAGUCAAUCAGAAGCCAUAGAAAGGAAAAAGUUGAUUGUAAAUGACGUCGAAAUCUCACUUGAGAGAAAAACUUCUAAGAAGUCAUCUUCAUCACAGAAUGGGUUCUCAAAUACACAAAAAAAUUAUAGAAAGCACAAUACGAUAAAAAAGAAAGACCAAGUCAGUGUAUAA